CGUUUAAGUAUGAGUUGUGAAUAUUACGUGUAGAAAAAUUAGAAUCGACUAGCACUGUUGUACGAAUCACCUAACAAAUACUGCUCCGCCGGCCAUGGCUCAAGAAACCCCUGCGAAAAUCAUCAACCAUCAAUCGGCCGCACAACAGAAAAUUAUUACUCCCAGCACAUAUGAGCUCGCAAGUACAUAGGUGAAAGAAGGCGCACGACUCCACACCUAUCCGAUCAGAUGCAAGAGCCGUAGGAAAACGAUCGGCCUCGUGAUCUCACUCGCAACGUGCGAGAGAAAUUGCCCGAGCGCUAACACACACUCGCACAGCUGGCGAACGAGGACGCGAGCAAACUGGGGCGAGCAACGUUUUCCGUCGUCAUCGCAUCGGCAGUCCCCAUGGUGCGAUCGGUCGGAUCGGUUGGCACCGCGAUCGAGUGUUUUUUUUUGCAAACGAUUGAGUGUUUUAGUGCCGGUGUAAGAAAGAAGUUUGAUUGACCGCCAUAGUCGAUUGGCAAGCUGGUAGCGAACGAUCGCGUGGUGACGCGCACCAUUGCCGAGAAAACAUCCGGACGUAGAAGGCAUCAAAAGUUUGUCAUCGACACGUGGGCAGACGGUGCCAAAGAGAGAUUUACGGCAUCUCCCUGUAAACAGCAGCGGGCGCAGAUUCGCAUUAUUCGAACGAUCAGCCGCUUUCGAAGCCGACGGGCUCCGCCGAUCACGUGAGGAACUUUUGGCAUCAGGACGGGGACAAAACGAUCAACAAUAAGCACACCGUAAAACCAUUGUCUUUGGUGACGUUCGUGACAUCAGCGGAGGAUUGGGCGGCCACCGAUCACGGCACCGCAGGAGCUGCAUAAGAACCUCGUGGCGACUGAGGUUGGCUUUAGUUGCAUUACAACACAACCAACGAGAAACCCCAAUUGGGUAAGUUUAGCGGAGAAUGGAGUGUGAGCAUCCACUAACCCGUGGAACGACAGGGUUUUUUCGUUGCAGCCUUAAAUCACUUGGCACCCUGAAGGAAACUGAGCCACAACCGACACCCAGGGGUUCUCAACACGCUCGCGGUGGAUCAGCCCAAGCAACACUGGAGUUUCGCGUUUGGGGCAAUCGAAGGAAACCGAUCUGCGGCCACGCAGUCGUGGAACCCCCGGCUGGGAUUGAUUUUCGGUGAACGACCCAGGUGGCACAGGAACAGCGUGCGCCAGAGGGCGCAUAGGUCCCCAGCAAGAAUGCGUCGUUUUGCGGAGUUGGAUGCGGCAAGAGCAUGAUGGCCGGUGCCGUGAGUACCGAACAUUAGUUUAAGUCACUAUGUGUACAACAUUAGAGUAGGACGGAAAUCAGGCCUCGAGGUCAGAAGCAGGAGUCAGGUGGUCAUUAUGACGUUCAAUAUACGUAUUUAGAAUGAACAAUUUGCUUUGUGAUUGAGUUGGAGCUUUUAGCCCUCAGUGUUUGUGCCGAAACCCCUUUCGCUAUUGGUAGUUGAGCUCUACCAAGUCGGGACACUUGCAACACUGGCGCCCAACUGAAAAUCCACACAUUAUAAACUGCCGUUUAGCGUUUUGAGUUUUGGUUUUGUUGAGAUUUGGUUUUGUGCAAUUUCGAUUAUCUGGCCUACGAUUAUCGAAACAAUUUUAGCCCUUACGCAUAUAAGAUUCAACAUAAGACAUGGAUUACACACACUUAUCAGAUGAGGAGGUGACGUAUGAGUUGGCUCUGCGUCACGUAGUGAAUUUAGGACCCACUACCCACAGAGGGAAGGUCCUCCGUCUGAAGGCACUCGUCCAGGAGGAAGCCUUAAGAGAUAACCAGCCCACUAGCUCAGCCCAUGUAAUGAGUCCACAGUCAAACAUUGAAUACUGUGAAACUCAAAUACAGCAGCUGCACAUAAGCACUGAAGCGGCAAUUCGAACAGCCGAUAGGGCUGCGAUCAGUCAAUGUCGAACGCGGCUGACCCACUAUCGCGACAGAUUACGUUUGAUCAAUCCUCCGGUCGAACUGAGAGAGUUGCAUGGAAUGUUAACCAUGCACGUGACUGUUUUACUCAACAAAGUGAAUGGUACUAGUGUAGUGAGUAGUGUGCAACGCGGUGAGAUCGAGGUGAAUCAUACAAGUUCAACGGAUGCCAUUAGAAGGAGUAACGACGAAGAGGAAGGAGCAGUCGGCGGAACGACGGAUGUCACUAUUCCAGUGGGCAACAGUUCAAAUCAAGAAUCCACACCACCGCCAGCAUCACAGCAGCCUCUGAUGACAUCAUUCUCUGGUGGACAGGGACGAGGAUUGCUGUUUUCGAGUUCGUUUCGAGCGCGAGACAACGAAGAUGGAGGUGAAACACAGCCUAGACAACGGAACACCUCACCACCGCCUCCCUACCUUCAACGGGAGCGAGAAACAUGGAACCGGACAGCUCGAGAAACACAAUCACGAGAAGUUCACGAGCUGCAAUCGAGAAUAGUGGAGAUGCAGGAAAGAGAGCAGCGGAUGCACGAAGAAUAUUGCCGAAUGCGGGACGAUCUGGAGCAGCUAGUGCGUCGAGAACGACCAGCGCCGGAACGAGUGGAUGAUCGACGGAUUCAGAAGGCCGUGCACAACUGGCCUUUCAAGUUUCGCGGCGAGAAGGACACUACAUCACUCAACGUGUUCCUAGAUCGCGUGGAAACGUUCGCGAGGUCAGAAGGCAUGAGUGAUGCCACACUCCUGAGCUCCAUCAAGCAUCUACUGCAGGAGGACGCCAUCGACUGGUACUCACGAGCAACGUCGCAAAACUUGUUGCGGACCUGGGACCAGUUCAAGCGGGAGAUCAGAAGGGAAUUCCUGCCCAGCGGAUACUCCCAAAUUCUGCGUCUGGAAGCCAGCUUUCGAUUUCAAGGAAGGGAGGAAUCCUUUGCGAAGUUCUACCGAGACAUCUCAGCGCUCUUCCGCUUCGUCGAUCCACCCAUUCCAGACGACGAAAAGUUCUUCCUGGUGAAGAAAAACAUGAACGAGAACUACGCAGCCAUCGUAACAGCAGCGAGGCCUCGUUCACUGGAAGAAAUGGUGGAAGUCUGCACCGGAUACGACGAGACAAAGAUGCUUCUGAACAGGCAACGCAGGAUUCCCAUUCCGCACAGCGCGCUUCUGGAACCGAACUUCGCUACGCCAGUAGUAACCAGCAGACCACCACCGGUUCAGCAUCACCAACAGUCACAGCGGUUCAACAGAGUUCACGCCGUGGAGGUGGAAGAAGGCGCAUUCGAGCACGAAGCAGCGGAGGAAGGACCAGAAGACAAUUGGCAGCACAACAUCGACGAACUGGUGGAGCAAGUCAACGCGUUGAAGUUGAACAUUGAGCGGAGAUCUGCGAGACCAAGCUUUGCCGCACGCGACGAAAGGCAGCCAAGGCCUACGGAUAGGUACAACCGGACAGAGGCUGACGUCCUGCGAGCAGCGCGGCAGUACACAAGAGAUGCGCAAACCGCGGCACAGCAGCAGCGGCCGCAAACCGCAUCGUACCAGACUCGGCUACCACAACAACAGCAAGAACAGCCGCUAAGAGCACAGGGCUGGCAAGCACGACAGUGGAUGCCAAGCUCGGAUCAGAGCGACUAUAACCGAAGAAGCCAACGUCUACUGCCAGAACCAGCCAGGCAACGGGAAGAUCGCCAGAUACAACAGGAAGAAGCUCCGAACGACCAACGACCACCAAUGCUCUGCUGGAACUGCGACGAGGAAGGCCAUAGAUUCAUGGACUGUCCGAAACCGCAAGCCAUUCUCUUCUGCUACCGGUGUGGACGGAAGGGCUACUCGUUGCGCAGUUGCUUCACGUGUCGCACGGACGCGUUAAACUACCCAGCGGAGAACCAGCAGUAGAGGGGAGC